AUGGUGUCACUAUCAGAAGAGUCCAAGGAGCGCAUUGCUAGAAUCAUUGACGUCUCGCGCGUAGCCAUACACUAUGGCUAUCUCCCCUUGAUCCUCUACCUUGGUUAUACCCACAGCGAGCCAAGGCCUUCCAUCAUCCGACUCUUCUCUCCUCUGGCAUAA